AUGGAGGAGAAAGUGUUUGGCCUGCUGUCACACAAUCCUACCCCUCCCACCUACCUACUCGCACUACCUUCUACCCCGACCCUGUUGUCACUUGAAACCGUUGAAUCACAUUCGCAACCGCCCACCAACACCUUACAUCCGUGCAUGGCUGUGUGCCCGUGUCAUCACUUCCUUACCCUGGACGACAUUCGCCAACGUUUUGAAUUAUUUCUCUGUUCAAACCCCUCGCCACCUCGAACCGCACACGCUGUUGCCAUCUCUGCACCCCAAUCUGCGCCUGCCAACACACUAACCUUCACCCUCCUAUUUCCCGGCUCUUUCACCAACUGCCAGUGGUAUGCGAGGAAGAUAAGCAGCCAACCAGAGAAGGACUCGAAUGAGGUGCAGUAUAUGAGUGGAGUGGCUGGCGUGUUGGCUCGAAUGGAAGGCGUCUGA